AUGUGGGCGCUCACUCCCUCUGUAUUCGCGAAUAUUCAUUGGAAUCAGUCUCGGUUGCGAUAUCUUGGAGUACCUCUCGAUAACUUCCGUAAUAGUGGACCUCAUUGGACGUACACGAUAACCACUAUCCGUCGAAAGGCGACAACCUGGCAGGGGCGUGAUCUCUCCAUUUUUGCGAGAGCUAAGGCAUGCAAUACAUUUCUCGCUUCUAAGCUUCUUUACGUUCUGCAGGUCUUGCACUGCUCACGUGUACACGUCCAGGCAUUUCAUAGAAUAUUUGCAUGUUUUAUUUGGCAUUCAUCAUGGGAAGCCAUGAGAAGGGACAACCUUUUUCUCCCGCUUGAAAAGGGAGGACUGUGUCUUGUGCAUUUGUUUGUGCGACAAUUGGUCAUGCGCUUAUUUUACCUUAAAAAUGUCCGUCAUCCAUUCUUUCUCGCAGUUAAUCGAGCACGUCUUGCGUCACACAUCCCUUUUCUUUUUGUCACGACAAACUUUGCUCAAGAACUACCGUUAUGGGGCUUCCUAAAGGAACUUGUCGACACUAUUUCAUUCUUAAAAGCCAGAUUCACCCUUGAAUAUUUGUUUACCGUUAAUCGCACGUCGCUAAAUGUAGCACUUAUAGAUAACCUUUUCCCUGAACCUCUGUACCGAAAGCCGUAUCUGUCUCUAUUUGGUCAAGAUGUUCUUUGCCGUGUCCGUAGAAUGUGCAUUGCGCCAGCAGCAAAAACGUUUUUCUUUAAGCUGCACACCUCCACACUGCCAGUUAAAACGUGGCUUCAGGAAAAAGGACUGUAUGUACCCUGGAAUACAAAUUGUAGAAUUUGCAAUCGACCCGAGACAAUAAAACAUUGCUUUAUACUUUGUCGUGACGCAUUUCUUUUUUGGGACAUUUUGCAAAGAACUAUCAAAAAAGACUUUCCUCUCACAUGUUAUGGUAUCCGGUUCCUUCCUUUCAAGAAGACAGCCAGUAAUACACCACAUGAUUUGUUUAUGUUAUUAGGACUUUAUUCAUUAUGGAGAGGUCGAAUGAUCGACAGACAUGCCGAGCCACCUCGCUCGACAAGGUCUAUCUUCCGAGAAGAGACUGCUCAAGUCCGUAGUGUGGUGGCUACAUAUGAUCCCGUCCCUGAUUGGAUUUCGCGUCUGGACGCUUGUGUUCGUUUGCCAGAAUUUUGA